CCCCCCCGACGUCCUGGCCCUCGCCAAUCUGCUUGCCCUCUGAUCAAACGCACCGUCGCUCACAUCUGCUCUCUCCCCACCCCUCGCUAUCCCAGGCCCAAGAGGUCGCCCACCACGAUGCUCAACGACACUCCCAACGACACUCCCAACGACACUCCCAACGACACUCCCAACGACAAAACACUGCUCAGCAAUCAACCACCGCCAAGCAACAAGCGCCAACUCGCAGCGCUGUUGCCCACAGACGAAGCCGUGGCCAAGCGAGCCCGUCUGCUGGCCCAGGAUUCAUCGCCCGUCGGGCUGUCGGCAUCGAGCCGCCGUGAUUUGAUGGCCAUCCUGAUCACCAACCACCAGUUCACCACCGCCGUUGGCCUCUCCACCCUCGCCAAGCUCCCCCGGCUGGCCCGCGAGUUCCGUGGUAUUCUCUCGGCUGUUUCUCAGCCCGCCUGGUCUCAGGCCCUGGCCUUCCGUCUGGGUGAAACCGCAACUCUCCUGAAGGACAUUGGCUCCUCCGUCGACCCGGCUGCUGUCUUGCAGGGCCUUUUCUGCUACAUUGCCCGGCGUGAGAACGACUACCCGCUCUCGUCCAGCUGCUAUCUGAAGGAGCUCGCCCUUUGGUCGGCCGUGCGCCACAACAGCCUCCUCCGCGAUCGGAUUCACGAUUACUGCCUGCGAGCCCAUCGGCUGCCUGGGGCGCUUGGCCCUGCACACCAGUACAGCCCGGCUGCCCUCUCGCACCUGGACGAUCGAUCGGCCUUUCGCUUCCUCGACAGCGCACGCAUCCUCUGCCCUCCUGCCGCCCCCGCUGCUCCGGCCAGCGUCCCCUCCGAGUCCGAUGCGCCCAGCGUCGCUUCCACUGCUGCCGCAACAGACCCCCCUGCGGCCGCCGCUGUCGGCAGCGACCAUUCGGACUACGAGGCAGAGCCUAGCGAAACAACCGCCCCUUGUCCUGAGGAUGAACACGAAAGCGAGAGGCUCCGACGACAGUGCACCUUUCUUAUCUACCGCGCACGAUCGCAUCCACUGAUCCCCCCGAACCACUACGCUCGACUGCUGCCCCACGAGCUCCACUUUAUCGAACACACCAAGAACGUCGGCCUGGUUCUCUGCAACUGCACUCUCGCCUCGCUCGCCGGAUGGCCGCAGAGUCUCUCCAAUGUUGUGACCAUGCGAUUCAUGGGCCGCAAUCUCGAAACCAUCGCCUGGGGCAACCACCAGGUUCCCGACACUCCUGCGCUCAGGAGCUUGAUCUUCCCUCCUCAGCUGCGGAGCCUCAUCGGCCUCCCGCGGAAGCUGGAGUCGCUCGAGGCGAUGGAUCUCUCCGAGUGCGCGGCCCUCCGAAACCUUGCCGGUAUGCCUGUCGUUCUGCCAAGGCUCAGGACUCUGCUUCUGCCAAACAACCUCGAGAGCCUCGAGGGCAUGUCGCCGACCCUCGAGUCGCUCACCGAGCUGAAUCUCAGCCUGAUCACCAAGCUGAAGAGCCUCGAGGGCAUCUCGGCCAGCAUGCCGAGCCUGGCUCGCCUCACUCUGCCGUGGGACCUGGAGAACCUCGCCAGCGUGCCACGAUCGCUCGAUGCCCUCGAGUCUCUGGUUAUGAACCGAUGCGACCGCCUGGAGACCCUCGAGGGCAUGCCCGAGCACCUGCCCGCCCUGACCAAACUCUCGCCUCCGCAGUACCUGCACAGCCUCCACGGCAUAACCGUGCCAACAAAGUCUCUGACCAGCCUGAAUUUAUCCGGCUGUGUCGAUCUCGUUGGCCUUGCUGGUCUCCCCGAGGCCAUGCCCCAUCUCCGGGAGCUCUAUCUUCCGCCCUCGCUCGAGUCUCUCGCCGGAAUGCCGCUGCUCGGCUCGCUCAGAAACCUGGGCAUCAGCAAAUGCCACAAGCUCAAGUCCCUGGCCGGCAUGUGCCUCAGCCUCCCGGCCCUGAGGACGCUCUCCCUCCCAACCUCCCUUGAAUCGCUAGAGGGCCUGCCAUCGUCGAUGGACUUGCUCCGCACCCUCAAUCUUACCCGGUGCGUGCACAUUGCCGACUUGAAGGGGCUUCCCAACCAGCUACCUCGCCUACGGGAGCUGCAUCUUCCCUCCACCCUCGCGAGCCUCGAGGGCAUGUCCAAAGCCAUGCCACUCCUCCAACGACUCGAUCUGACUGGCUGCGCCAAGCUGACGAGCCUGGAGGGCAUGCCAACGACCCUGCCGGGUUUGGAGUCGCUGUCGCUGCCGCCCAAUCUGGACAGCCUCGAGGGCCUCAGCUCUGCCCUUGAUGUUCUUGUGGCGCUCGAUAUGUCGGCGUGCCUGAAGCUGCGGACCCUGGCCGGCCUUCCGCACUCGAUGCCCUAUUUGAGGGUGCUGACGCCGCCUAUACAUAUAGAAAACCUGAAGGAACUGCCUCGCGGAUUGGGCUCGCUGGUGAAACUAGAUUUGUCGGCAUGCCUCUCACUCAGGAGUCUGUCUGGCCUCAACGUCAACCUCAAGAAACUGCGGACCAUUGUCUUGCCUCCGAACAUGUCGAGUCUCUCGGGUAUUCCCAACCGCACCUGGAUCAAGCGCAUGGAUUUCAGCCUCUGCGAACACGCCGAGAAGCUCGCCGGCGAUGCGUGGGAGCACCGCAUCUCGUAUCCUCCUCGGUCGCAUACCUCCGAACCCUUCCAAGUCUUUACAAUGCGGUAUGCCGUCCCGGAGGAGGAUCCGACCGUGUCCAAGCCAGAGAGCCCUCGUCCGACCCAGCCUGCUGUCGAGGUUGUGUUGAAUCUCGGUCCUCCGCAGCCGCGGGCUGCAGAACCACACCCAUCGGCAGCAGCAGCAACAGCAGCGGCUCAUCAAACUGCGAAUGCCCACCCGCAAAUGAGACAAGCGCAUCUUCCAGCUACUGUCGUCAGCGCUCCCUCGCACCCCCCUCGUCGAAUGGCAGCGCUGCCAGGAGGAGGACCGGUUGCUGCACCUGGCAUGGUCCCAGGCCACUUCUUCCCGCCGAGCCCGUACUCUGCCGUGCCCGUGCCGUACCCGGUCCACCCGCAGCUCUACUCUGUUCCGCCAGGGGUUUAUGCGCCACAUGUGGUUUACGCAACAGCUGCAGGUCCGUACGUCGUGCCUGUCCAUCCGCACGGCAUGGCCGGUCAUCCUCGUCCGUUCUUAUCGCACCCUCCUCAGCGUCGUUCUACCCAAUCACAAUCGCCUUCGUCUGUCUCGGCCGCGACAGUCGCCGCGACAGCGCACUCGAGUUACCCAGCACCACUGUCGGCAGCGUCAAGACCGACGCUGGCUUCCAGCCUGGAUGGAACUGUCGAUCUCUGCUCAAGAACAGGCACCGAAUCGACGGUCAAGCUGCUUGAGACCGAGGCAAGCCCGAGAGAUCUGUCCAAGACACAGACAUCGAUAUCUGGAGCGCAUCCGACCGCGUAUCAAAGUCGUCACGACGGGCGUCUUCCUGCCGAGGAGCUGUCGAAGAAUCACGGUUCCGCUGAUCAUGGAUGGGCACCGGCGCUCAUUCAGCCGACCCAGUCUCUUGGCGAAGCAUCCUCUAGGUGUCAAUCGGCUGUAUUCCCCUCAACCAUGACCAUGACCAUGCCAUUGCCAAUGAAUCAGUUAGACAAGUUUUCUCUGAUGAACGAUGCUCGCCCGUACACUGCAUCCGUCUCCACCAAGAUCGACUCGUCCGUCUUGCCCCGACAUAGCGCGCCUGUUUCGCCUGACAGUUUGUCUGCCUCGCCGUCCAUCGAACCCGCCUCGCCGUCAAAACCGCCGACGCCGUCACCAGAUCCAAUGUCACAGGAUCACUCCAAAGCUGGCGCCACCAUCGAGAAUGCAUCGUUGGACUCAGGCUCUGCCGACAACCUGAAGCUGCCAGUGUCAGAGAAGGCCGAAUCGACGGGCUGGACAUACCGAUUGACGCCGAGUCCUGUCGACUCUAUCAGCGAGAGGAUCGACGCCUCGACUCGCUCGUCGGAUUCGACAAAGACGCGGGAGGGCUCAGCUGGCCGACAAGCUGCCGGCUCCGUCUACGAUCCCUCUUCUGCUCCGUACCCACCCGUCGAGCAGUACGCAUCCUUGCCCGGGCGGAUCGGGCAUCGGUCCGGCCAGGCGUUGCACCAGCGUAGCGAGCACGCUCGUAUGAGCACACUGCCCCCGACUUUGGUGGAACGAAAGACUCGGUUCAAGCGGAGGGUAGGCACAGCUCGGAAGCCGGCUGGCCGAUUCCUUCCAGCCAGCAUGGCACCGCUGGCGACGCUCUUCGGCGCAAUCAGUGAACAAAUCGAAAGGCGACUAUCGACGCAAAACGCCGAGCAGCAGCAUCAACAGCAGCCAAACGGGGACCAAACCUCGCAAUCGUCUCCGAUGCUGGCCGCGCCGGGACUUUCUCAAUGCGCUCGUCUGGCCAGCUUGGUGACCGUAGCGACAUCGGACAGCGCGCGAGUGUGAUUCGACCGACAUGGCUGUGCCAGGACGGACACGAAUAUUGCAAUCUGUGGAAGCGAGCACGAUCACUUAAUUUCGCCACUCUGGCUUGUCCCGCUGCGUGCCCAACGCCUCCCAAAAGAUCCGCCAUGAACGAAUGCAGGAAAAGAGAUAACAAUCCCAAGCCCGAUUACCGUUGUUGUUCGUUUUGUCGGUUCUGUUGUUUUUCUGUUGUGUUUGCUGCAGUUCUUAUCAUUAUUAUCAUCAUCAUCUUGAUCAUCCAUCCGCAUUGCUUAUCUUUUUCUUACCGCUUCCUUUCAUUUCACGGCACUCCAAAAAUUGAAAUGGGUUGUACGGUGGGAGGUUCUUCGACCCCCGACGUGUACGCUGUCUUGCUGGCUCCAAUAUACUAUUCUUCAUGUCUGCCGCACCCUUGUCGUCAGCGGCCA